CUACCCACGAUGCAGCGCGGCGGCUGAACACAACAUAGCCAUCUUGUCAAGAGUUGUCUGGGUGAACGAGGCGACUGCACGCUCCCAGAAGAUUAUCACUUUUAAAAAGCUUAUAUUUCAGAAUAGUAUUCUUGUUUUUUUCUUUACUGCUGAUAUUAUAUAAGGGACGCUUGGCCGCAAACGAUACAGAACGUGUGAGGAGAGGGCACACAGGACCGCGUUCGGGAAGAUGUCUCGCAUACUUGUACCGACGUAGGGGGAGUGUACGGCAGCCAGUUGGUGUGAAGCGUUAGCUCGCUUGUUGAGUGAAGGGCUCCGGGCCCUCCUCAGCCCAAAGCAGCCCCCGGAAGCUGGGGAGCACAACAGCCCGGCGUACACCGGACAACCGAGGAUACCAGCAGGCCAGAGCGGACCGCCUCGGAGCUCCCGCAGCCCUUCGUCGGUGCGUGGAGUCCCGGACAAGAAACUGCGAAACGCAACAGGAGACCAACAGGAAGAGAAUGACGCAGAUUCAUUUUGAUAACAGUUAAGUAGACGGACAAAACCCAACGCGAACGUGCUGUUGAUGCUAGCAGCUCGUCUGCUUUUUGACCGACUCGGAACCAGACUGUCAUUAUGUCGAAAAUGCCGGCGAAGAAAAAGAGCUGUUUUCAGAUUACGAGUGUGACUCAGGCCCAAGUGGCGGCUGUCGGUGCUGCCGACGACACCGAGAGUCUGGACGACCCGGACGAAACGCGGAAUGAAGACGUCUCGGCGGAGAUGUACGAGCCCCUCCGAGUGGAGGCUGCCUGCGACAGAGGCUCGCCCGAGGACGGCGUGAAUAACGUCGGGGAGGCCGACGCUGUGGCUUCCCCCGGUGGGGAGCCACGCAAAGGGGGAGUGUCCGGCUCCAGUCAGGGUGUUCAGCAGCAGCAGCAGCCGCCGCCUCCAACACCCGGCGUGUCAGUCACCACAUCACAGCCUGCUGCAGUGACCAGCGCCGCUCCUCCUUCCAGCACCUCCACGGUGAGCUGCUCCUCACGUUUCAGGGUCAUUAAACUCGAUCAUGGUACCGGAGAACCCUUUCGCAGGGGCAGAUGGACAUGUACGGAGUUCUAUGAGAAGGACUCCGAGGCCUCCCAUGCUGGAAGGACUGUAGAUAGUAUAAGACACGGCAGCAUAACACUGGACCCCGCUGCAGACAGGGACAGUGGGCUGGGGCUCACGGUAGGUUCAGUUGUUUCCCCUGCAACACACUCGAGUCUGAGCUUGGGCUCCAUGGCAGAGGCCUCCCACUCGUCCACGCGCAUGCACCCAGUGGAGACACCACCACAGCAGAUCGUGCAUCCCAACUACAGCUUGAAGCCAGCAGCCACUCCGGUUCCAUCAGUCGAAGGAGUUCUCCAGAACAUGCUGCCUGUUGGUCAGAACGGCCUGCCUCAGCCCGUUCUCCCCAUUCAGAAGUCACCCAUCGUGACCCCAUCAGCCCAGCCUCUUGUGUACCCUCCCCAGCAACAGCCGCUUCUGCCGCAGCUUCCUGUUGGCCAUCAUCAGUCAUCAGGGCACGUCCAGAACCAGACUGAGUACUAUCAACCUCUGGGGCCUGCUACUGGCCAAACACUCCCAGUGUCCAGACUCUCUAUCGGACAAGGCUCCAUUCCAGUCUCUGGGGCGGUGUCGGGUCAGGUUGAAAACGCCGUCGUAGCUGGAGCAGGACCUGUAUCUGCUGGACAGACCGCAUUGCUGGGAGGAGCGGGAGGCCCCAUUCAUGUCGGAGGCUCCAUCGUGCCUCCCAGCCACCCCAUGUCCUCCGUUGUACAAAACGUGCCUGUCGUCGCAGUGAGCUCCAGUGUGCCCAGCACUGGGCCCGCCGCCGUGCUCAGUGCCUCCAGUGCAGCCAUGCCAAAUGUGACCACCUCCAGCUUGCCUCCCGCUCAGAGAACUGUCAGCAAAGUUCCGGGAGUGCAGGCCUCCCUCGCUGCUGGAUUUGGACUGAUGGAGGGCAGCGCCGGACGGAAGUCGGAGGGGAUUAUCUAUGCACCGUCUCUGGUUGUCUCUGGCAGGGAACAGGUGAAGUCCCUCAUGCCUGAAAGCCUGCAGCUCGCCACCCCGACUGUCAACAGCCUUUUUGGGAUCACCAUACCUGUCGACGGGGAGGAAGACAGGAACCCCUCCACAGCUUUCUACCAGGCCUUCCAACCUGGAAGCCGGUUAAGAGACUCAAAGGCUCACAGCGAUAGUGCCUCUGGAACCAACAUUGUUGCCAUUGAUAAUAAAAUUGAACAGGCAAUGGACCUGGUGAAAAGCCAUCUGAUGUAUGCAGUGCGGGAGGAGGUGGAGGUCUUAAAAGAGCAGAUCAAGGAACUGUAUGAGAGGAACUCUGUGCUGGAGAGGGAGAACGCUGUGCUGAAGUCUCUGGCCAACAGCGAGCAGUUGUCCCAGCUGGCCACCCAGUCGACCCCCAGCGCCGGCGCCGCGCCUCUACAGCAAGUGCUCAGCCAUCCUCAGCCUCUCCCUCAGCACCCCAAACCCCAGCAGCCUCAACCGCAGCUCGAUUCCGGCCAACCCAACGUCACCUCCGCUUGAAGUGCAUCAAAGAAAACGACAAAAGAAAAAGAGCUUAUUCUUGUACAACUUAUUAUGAUUAGUGUAUGUGAAAUAAAAGAAGAAAACCGUGUCUUCUUAGCCACCAGCUUGACCACAAAGUACAGUGUGUGUAGGGGUGUGUGUGUGUGUUUCCAAAGUGAGAAUGAAGUAUCUGUACUGCGGGCCUUUCCAGUGUUAAAUGCAAUCAUCGAGAGCUACAGAGGAAACGUCGGGACGCAGCGGCGGGCGGGGGUCGAGGCCGGAGCCGAACCAGCCUCAUGGUCCGACCCAAACCUGCCGGCGGAGAACGGGGGCGGGGUGCGAGCGAAUGUCCAGAGCUAAAUAUUUUUGUAAAGUAGAGCGUGGGUUCAGGGGGUUUGUAAAGCAAGAACUCGGGAGUCGUUUUCUUUUUUGGAGCGCCACACUGCUGCCGUUACUUUCCCCCCAUCAGUCUUUUAGCUUCCACUUCUUUUUUUUAAUUUAUUGCAGGGUUGUUUUUUUUUUUUUUUCAUCCAUGAACAAUUUCUUUUUUUUUUUAAGCACGUGUUUCCUCUUUUUUUUUCUUUUACAGUGUUUUAUCGGCUUUGUGAAAAAAAAAGUAGGCAAAAACAUCCUGACAAAUGUUCAACACUAAUAUUAUGCUGCAGUUGUCAAUUCAUAGCUCAAGCCUGAUUUGAAUGUACAUUUUUGUAUAUUAUAAAGUAUUAAGAGCCUUCUCGGGCGACGGCUGUCAUCAGAUGUUAAAAAUAAACCGGUGAAAGUCAGUGUAAGAAAACUGACUUCUCUUAAAAGUGAAUUAGUAUUUCUCCUCCAUGCAUUUUUCUUUUUUUCUCUCUUAUUGUCUUCAAAAGCUGUGAAAUCAUCCAACAUACUUAAAUGUACGUCAACCAAAGAUGAAAAAGCUGUGUAAAAAUUAUUUUGAAUGCGCACCUUUUUUUUUUUUUCCUCCUUUCACAAAAUAUUUUGUUGCUGUUUCGCAUGUUCUGCAUGUUCUGUAAUCUUCAAACCACUUUCUUACCUCAUUUUUAUUCAGCACUCUUAUUGUAAGAUAGUCUGUGAACAGUGUAAGUUUAGGGAAGUGGAGCUGCAAGUCGAAAAAUAACCUAGUGUUACUGACACUAGUCACAGCAAAAUGAAGUGAGCCAUGUUUUCAUUUAAAUGGUGUUUGAAUUUCAUAUGCCAAUAGUUUUGUUACUUUGCAAAUUUUAAUGUAUUUAAAUAAAAGCAAUAUUCAGAUUCCA